GGCCCCCGGCCCGACCCAUUGGGGACCCCACAUUCUUCACCCGGGCCCUUACCGGGGAAGGAAAGAAGCCCCCAAAUCACCUCCCUCGACCUUUCCUCAUCAUCCUCAGCGGAAUCUAGCCCGACUCUGCCUUGUUGCAGUCUUUCCCUGCGCCUUUCAGGAGAGAGGGCUGGGGCCAGAAAUGUCUCAGUGAGGAUGGGACUGACCCAGUGAGAAAGCGAGCAAAUCUCUCUUGCCCUUCUCUCCCCUCCCGCCCCCCCACCACACCCACAAGGUCCUGCUGGAAGAGAGCUGGCACCCUAAGGGCCCAGGCCCAACCCUGAAAGGAGAAGAGAGAGGGAGCUUCUCCUUUCCCGUCCCCACCUCCCUUUUUAUCAGCAGGGCCAGGCCCUCCUCCAGCUGAGGGGAGGCUCUCUUGGUGCCCGUUAUCAGCCCGGUGAGAGUCCGCAGAGCCCGUCGGGUUAAAGUGUAAUCCCCCCCCCCCAGUAUACACGUAAGCACACGGACACCCGCUCCUGUUGUCCCUGCUCAUCCCGGUGAAGGGGACCCACCAUGGCCUCGCGGAGGAGUAGCCGGGAGCCGAGCCUCCUGGGCAUCUGCCUGUGCCUCCUCCCCUUUGUCCUGUCCUGCAUCCAGUACUUCCUGCUCUGGCUGCCUGCGGACCGGCCCAGCUUGACCAGCGCCCUGGUCAAGGCUCUUCCCGUCCUCUCCCUGGCCUUUUUCUCCUGGAUCCAGGAAGCGGGAAGCCCUUCUGCCCCCUGGGUCCGCUUAGGCCUGCUCCUCUCUGCCCUGGGGGACGUGUGCCUCGUCUGGCCCAAUGGCUUCAUCUAUGGGAUGGCCUCGUUCGCUGUGGCCCACGUCCUGUACAUCUGGACCUUUGGCCUGCGCCCGGCCCGCCUGGGCCUGCUCCCCCCCGUCGGCCUGGCUUUCGGCGCUUUCUACGCCUUCUUGCUCCCCCACCUGCCUCCGGCCCUGGCCGUGCCCGUGGCCGGGUAUAUGGCCAUCCUGGGCCUGGUGGUCUGGCGGGGCCUGGCCCGGGGCGGGCGCGGCCGGACCCUGGGCGCCCUGCUCUUCACCCUGUCGGACUCAGUCCUGACCCUGGACGCCUUCGUCAGCCCCGUGCCCGCGGCCCGGGCCGUCGUCAUGACAACCUACUACGCCGCCCAGUGCUUCCUGGCCCUCACGGUGGUGGAGCACGGCCACCCGAGCCCCAAAGCGGAGUGACCGAGGGAUGGGGUCCCCGCGAGAUGACCACCGUGGCCCCGUGCCACCCUCCUCUCCAUCUCCCUCCAUCCAGUGUCCCCGAGUGGGCUCGCAAACCGGUCCGCGCCCACCCGACUCUGCCUCCUCCUCCUCAUCAAUCGUAUUUAUUGAGCGCUUACUGUGUGCAGA